UUUGAAAAUUGUCUGUUUCUCUUCUAUGGCAAAAACCUCUUUGGAUUGUGUACUAAUACUUGUAAGUUAGUAAGGUUAUAGAAUAAUUCAAAAAGAGAUACAUUUUGACGGGCAAGGAUUUGUCAUGAGUUUAUGAUAAUAUUUUGGAUAUGAAUAGAUUUGAAUUUGGUUCUUCCGAAAUUGAUUCUGACGAAUCAUUAGUAUGUCUUGCCUCCAAUGUUACGCUCUAUGAUGGAGAUACCAAAACAGCAUUGGAAGAUGGUGAAAUCGCGCUAACAAGCCAUCGAUUAAUUUGGACAUCUCCAUUUGAUAGUUCAUUGUGCUUAUCCCUUUCUCUUAAAUAUGUUGUUUCCUGUGAAGAAGAAAAACGUGUUUUUUCAUUCCUACGCUCACCUAAAAUUGUGCUUCACUUGUCCCCACCUUCAUCUGAUAAAGGGCGUGGACCUGUUCAAACAACACCUACAAACUUUAUAAAGCUAUCAUACAAUAAUGAUUUACAUUACUAUCUCCUCCCGGCACUUCGAAAAGCUCUGAGUGCAAAGAGGUGGACAUUUAUUUCACCAGAAAUUCCACAACCAAUUCAAGAACCAGAACUUACUAUUAAAACAAGAACUGGUAUUGUUGGGAUUGAAAGAGGCCUCCACGAAAAGCAAAAGGAAACAGAAAAAACAAUCUCAAUAGCCUUUCAAGAUUUAAGCAUACUUAUGGACAAAGCUAAAGAAAUGGUCAACCUUUCAAAAGUCAUUUCAACAAAAAUAAGGGAAAAACAAGGUAGUAUAACAGAAGAUGAAACAGUCCAGUUUAAGUCAUACUUACUUAGUUUGGGUAUUGAUGAUCCUGUUACACGAGAGUCUGUUUCUAGUGAGAGUAAAUAUAUUGAAAAACUAGGAAAGGAAGUAGUGGAUAUUCUAGAAAGUCCUAUCAAGGAACAGGGUGGAAUGAUGUCUUUAUCUGAUGCUUAUUGUCGAGUAAACAGAGCUCGUGGUCUUGAAUUGGUUUCUCCUGAGGAUUUAUAUCGUGCUUGUCGCAGACUCACCACACCUCUCAAGCUUAGGGUUUUCGAUUCCGGUGUUAUGGUUUUGCAAUUAAGUGAACAGGAUGAUUCUGUUACAGUUGAAGACACGGAAGCUGCUAUUAAAGUUAAUGGAUCUCUGACUGCUCAAGAACUGUCUCAGAUGUUAGGUAUUUCAAUGCUGCUUGCCAAAGAACGGUUGCUUACUACAGAAAAGUUUGGAAAAAUUUGUAGGGAUGAAUCUAUAGAAGGUGUUCGAUUUUAUCCCAACUUAUUCCUAGAAAAUGAUAUGGUCACUUGAGUUUUACUUAGAUGAUAAGCUUACUUUGCUGUAGCAAUGUAUUACUAUCUGGCAUGAUAGAAAAUUAUUUAAAUCAAUGAUUAAUAAAAUCAACUUUUUAU